CUCCUCUCAUUUCAAAUGAGAGAAUGAAAAUAAAAAAAGAAAAAGAGAGAGGUCUGGUUUUAUAGGAGCGGAAAAGGCGUCAUUUUCAGCGCAGAAAACAGUGGUACUAGUCUUACAGGAGUAUAGCAGGGCUGGUUUACAUAGCUAUAACAAGAGACGCUACGGCGAGGCGAAAGGCAUUAUCAAAUCGCUGCGAGAAGGCUGCAAGGAGUGAGAGUAAUUUCUCGUCUCUCAUCACCACGACGCAUAUUUCUGUGCACCAACAAGCUAUCGAGAAAACGGUGAUGAAAAUGGAACGAAAAGGGCCUCUUCGGUUCCGUUAAUAUUUGACCAGUAGCCUAUUAGCCCACAGUCAUAUUCGAAGGCGCGCUUUAAAGGGACAUACAGGACAAACGGACGACGCGAUUGACUGAUUUGCUGCUCCCCCGUUCUCUGGAGGAAUCGGACGCUCACCCCCGAGACGCGUGCUUUGCCGCACAGCCCAAACUAUGUAGCGCCGCGAACGAGAUGAGCAUGAACUGGGCAUAAAAGAUACCGGUGAACGGCAAGAUAGGACUGCAAAGCAAAAUAGGAAUGUCAGUGCCUUUUCCUCUACACAGCGACGGACAGAAAGACUGCUUAACUGCAAUGAACAUCUAAUACACAAACCACAGGCGAUGGGAUGAAAAUGCGACGGCACAGGGUGUUCUUGCUUUGCACAGUGGGCCUGUGCGUCAUCUCCUUCCUGCACUACUACAAGGCCCUGCACUACGUCUCCCUGCUGAGGGAGCUCUCCGCUCCCUACCCCAACAUCCAGUCCUUCAUCAUGGUCACCGGGUUCUUCUGGAAGGAGCGGGCCACCCCCCUGGCCGGUGCCCCCCCGGAGGAGGGCCCGCCCCUGGCCAUGCGGCCCUCCAACGUCGGGGCCCGGGAUCCCGAGGUCGUGGAGAGUCAGCGGGCGCCAGAGUUGAAUCUCGGGGAAGGGUUGGGGGUCCCCCACCCAUGGAAGAGGCCAGAAGAACCACAGCAGAGAGAGGUGGAAGCCACUGAGGAACUGGAGGUUAAGGAGGUGUUGCUGGACCCAAAACUCAAUGUAAAUCCCUGGUACCCCAGCGAUCUGCACCACAUGAGGCCUGAUCGAAAGGACAGCCCCCCGACAGCCGCCCUCUCGGAUCCCGAAAGGCUCCUCGGGGACCUCCACCAGCGGAGCUUCCUGCUCCGCGACGACCCCACUCCCUACUUCGCGCGCACGAGAGCCGGGGCCCGGUGCUUCCGGCAGGGGACGGAAACGGCGCCCCCCAGGGACGAUCCGGGGAAAGGCGGUGUGACGGCGGCGAGCCAGAGGAAGAUCUUGGAGGUCCAGGAGGGGGUGAAUCCAGCGGUGUCCAAACCCAAGAGGGGCAAACGUCUCGUGAAGUGCGUGUGUCGCCCGGGCUGGCAUGGGCCCUACUGCGGCGUGCCCACCAUGGUGCACCACUCCAACCUGCCCACUAAAGAGAGGCUGAUGCCCAGGGAGGUGCCUCGCAGGAUAAUCAACGCCAUCAACGUCAACCACGAGUUCGACCUCCUCCACGUCCGGUUCCGCGAGCUGGCCCAGGCUGUGGACCUCUUCCUGGUGUGCGAGUCCAACUUCACGGCCUACGGCGAGGGGCGUUCCCUGCAGUUCCUGCGCCGCCUCCUCAACGGGACCUACGACUACGUGAGGCACAAGAUUCUCUACGUCUUCCUGGACCACUUCCCCGAAGGCGGCCGGCAGGACGGCUGGAUCGCCGACGACUACCUGCGCACCUUCCUGACCCGCAACGGGAUGUCCCGGGUGGUGGGGUUGCGCCCCGACGACGUCUUCAUCAUAAACGACGCCGACGAGAUCCCCGCGCAGGAGGGGGUCCUCUUCCUCAAGCUCUUCGACGGCUGGACGGAGCCCUUCGCCAUUCACAUGCGCAAGUCCCUCUACGGAUUCUUCUGGAAGCAGCUGGGCUCCCUGGAGGUGGUGUCCGGGUGCACGGUGGGCAUGCUCGCCGGCGUGUACGACAGCGACGGCAUCAAGCUGCGACGGAGGGAGUACUACACCAUGCCGGGCUUCCGGAAGUACGAGAACGACACGGGCCACAUCCUGGUGCAGUGGUCUAUCGGGAGCCCCUUCCACUUUGCCGGCUGGCACUGCUCCUGGUGCUUCAGCCCGGAGGGCAUCCUCCUCAAGCUGGUCUCGGCCCAGAACGGGGACUUCCCCCGCUGGGGGGACUACGAGGACAAGCGCGACCUCAACUACAUCCGGGAGCUGAUCCGAACUGGGGGUUGGUUUGACGGGUCGGUGCAGGAGUACCCCCCGUCGGACCCCAAGGAGCACAUGUACGCCCCCAAGUACAUGUUCGACAACUACAAGCACUACCAGUACUUGCUGGAGAACCCAUACACUCGGCCGGAGAAGCCAAAUGUAGAGUAGUAACUCCGAGCAGGCUGGAGAUGAGAAGGGAGGUGUUUUUUUUGACAGGGGGACAGGUUCCAGCUUCUAGUGUGGGGGGGGAGGGGGGGGGGUAAACGGACCACUGGCUAUUUAUUAUUCCCCCGUGUCGUCAGUUUAAACUCCUUUCCUGUCCACUGGCCACCCCGUUCCUCAGAUUGACAGGAGAGAGACUGGGUGGAAGGACAGCUGCAGGACACAGAGUUGGGGGACGAAACAGCGCAGACGUGGAGCCCUGUGAAGUUUCAGUGUUGUUUUGUUUCUCUUUGAUUUCCCUGCUCACUUCGUUCCACCAGAAUGGGGCUUGUGCAGCUCGGGCGGCCCUUCUUUUGUUUUUUUUCUUUCUCUUUCCUGUUUGUCUUUCACUUCCCGAUUCCUCCCACAUGCGAGUUAAAAGUGAGGUCCACUGCGAAUUUGUGCUUUUAUUAACUUGCGGUUUUUUUUUUUUUUUCUGACAAGCAGACUCAACCGCCCACCCCCCCCCCCCCCACCCACACGCUCGCCCCCCAGCGAACUCUUUCUCAGAGCUCGAUGGUGAACAGUUUUUUUUUUUUUGUUUUUUAAUAGCAAUGCGGAGACAAAGGGAAAAUGGCCGGCAGUGCCGCGUAGUAGAGGUCCUUCUGCUCAUCCAUCGUUCUCUGCGUGAGAAUCUGCUGAUACGUUGCACCCCCUGUGAGGGGGUAAUACGAGCCCGCAGAGGUGUGCUGUGCCAUGGCCAUUUAUACUGCAAUCCAGCCAUUCUGCAGUGGGCUGCUUCAUGUCCGAAUACAGCAGGUCGUGCUGGGGGG